GGUUCGGUGUGCUGCAGCUAUGCAGGGAGACACACCAACUGCAGAGAGUACUGCCAGGCCAUCUUCCGGACAGACUCCUCCCCCACCGUCUCGCAAAUCAAGGCCGUCAAGGAAUACUGCCAGAGCAUCAGCCCCGAGCUCAUUGGCUGUGUGGGCAACUACACCAUGUCCUACCCAAUCAGGAGCCCCAUAGACAGUGAGUAUAGCUCAUACUGACCUAUCGGCUGCCCCAUAGACAUUGUGUAUAUCAAAUACUGACCUAGCAGCAUCCCAUUAGACAGUGAGUAUAUCAAAUACUGACCUAUCAGCAGCCCCAUAGACAUUGAGUAUAUCAAAUACUGACCUAUCAGCAGCCCCAUAGACAUUGAGUAGGCCUAUGGCCAAAUACUAAUCUAUCAGUACCCAACUUGACAUAUCCAGUGUGUAUCUUCUUUCUGUGUUGCAUUCCUCCAAUCACUGGCUAUCACUUGGUACAGUCCAUUCGGAAAGUAUUCAGACCCCUUGACUUUUUCCACAUUUUGUUACGUUACAGCCGUAUUCUAAAAUUGAUUCAAUUGUAUUUUUUCCCCCAUCAUCAACCUACACACAAUUCCCCAUAAUGACAAAGCAAAAAAUGUUUUUUAGACAUUUUUGCAAAUGUAUUAAAAAUACAAAACUGAAAUAUCACAUUUACAUAAGUAUUCAGACCCUUUACUCAGUACUUUGUUGAAGCACCUUUGGCAGUGAGUCUUCUUGGGUACGACGCUACAAGCUUGGCAUACCUGAAUUUGGGGAGUUUCUCCUAUUCUUUUCUGCAGAUCCUCUCAAGCUCUGUCAGGUUGGAUGGGGAGCGUCGCUGCACAGCUAUUUUCAGGUCUCUCCAGAGAUGUUUGAUCGUUUUCAAGUCCGUACUCUGGCUGGGCCCCUCAAGGAUAUUCAGAAACGUGUCCUGAAGCCACUCCUGCAUUGUCUUGGCUGUGUGCUUAGGGUCGUUGUCCUGUUGGAAGGUGAACCUUCGCCCCAGUCUGAGGUCCUGAGCGCUCUGGAGCAGGUUUUUGUCAAGGAUCUCUCUGCACUUUUGCUCUGUUCAUCUUUCCCUCGAUCCUGACUAGUCUCCCAGUCCCUGCCGCUGAAAAAUAUCCCCACAGCAUGAUGCUGCCAUCAGCGUGCUUCACCGUAGGGAUGGUGCCAGGUUUCCACCAGACGUGACACUUGGCAUUCAGGCCAAAGAGUUCAAUCUUGGUUUCAUCAGACCAGAGAAUCUUGUUUCUCAUGGUCUGAGUAUUUUAGGUGCCUUUUGGCAAACUCCAAGCGGGCUGUCAUGUGCCUUUUACUGAAGAGUGGCUUCCGUCUGGCCACUCUACCAUAAAGGCCUGAUUGGUGGAGUGAUGCAGAGAUGGUUGUCCUUCUGGAAGGUUCUCCCAUCUCCACAGAGGAACUCUGGAGCUCUGUCAGGAUGACCAUCGGGUUCUUGGUCAACUCCCUGACCAAGGCCCUUCUCCCCCGAUUGCUCAGUUUGGCUGGGCGGCCAGUUCUAGGAAGAGUCUUGGUGGUUCCAAAUUUCUUCCAUUUAAGAAUGAUGGAGACCACUGUGUUCUUGGGGACCUUCAGUGCUGCAGAAAUGUUUUGCUACCCUUCCCCAGAUCUGUCCCUCGACACAAUCCUGUCUCAGAGCUCUACGGACAAUUCCUUCGACCUCAUGACUUGGUUUUUGAAACAGGAUGCACCUAAGCUCAAUUUCAAGUCUCAUAGCAAAGGGUCUGAAUACUUAUGUAAAUAAGGUAUUUCUGUUUUUGCAAAACAUUCUGAAAACCUGUUUUUGCUUUGUCAUUAUGGGGCAUUGCGUGUAGAUUGAUGAGGAACAAUUACAUUUAAUCCAUUUUAGAAUAUGCUGUAACGUAACAAAAUGUGGAAAAAGUCAAGGGGUCUGAACACUUUCCGAAUGCAUUGUAUAUCCAUCCAUCCAUCUGUCCGUCCAGGCCUGUACUGCUGCGACCGGGCCGAUGAGCCCCACUGCCAGGUGGCAUGCCGGCGCAUCCUGCGCACCAUGACCACAGAGCACGAGAUUAUGGAGGGCCUGAUCGAUGAGUGUGGCAGCCAGCCACUGCCCCAGGACCCGCUGUGGCAGUGCUUCCUGGGCAGCGCUCACCCCCCCACCAAAAGGGAGACGGAGACCUCACCUACCGCCAAGAUGGACGGCGCCAAGCUGCACUGCUGCUCCAAAGCCAAUACCUCACUGUGC